AGACGCUGUCUUCACAUCCACAACCCGUAAACUCCCUCAAGCACCCAGUCGCACAUCGUCGCAAUGGUGCGCAAACUCAAGCAUCAUGAGCAGAAGCUCUUGAAGAAGGUCGACUUCAACACCUACAAGAGUGAUAAUGAUCACCGAGAAGCAGCGGUAAUGCGACGGUAUGCCAUCCAAGGCCGAGAUGACUACCGAAAGUACAACCAGCUCGCGGGUUCAUUACGACAGCUCGCCCAUAAAAUUGCCGCCCUGGACCCUUCGGAUCCCUUUCGACGGAAACACGAAGAUCUUAUGUUGGAAAAGUUAUGGGACAUGGGCAUCCUUGGUACUGGCGGUGGAGGCAGGGGAAAGCUGAGCGACAUCGAGCACAAAGUCACCGUCUCUGCUUUUGCACGGAGGAGACUGCCUGUCGUCAUGACGCGCCUGCGCAUGGCUGACCACAUUCAAGCAGCUACCACACUCAUUGAGCAAGGUCAUGUCCGUGUAGGAACAGAUGUCAUCACAGAUCCCGCCUACCUCGUCACCAGGAACAUGGAGGACUUUGUGACCUGGGUCGACUCUUCCAAGAUUAAGCGAAACAUUAUGAAAUACCGCGAUAAGCUGGACGACUUUGAGCUCGAGGCUUUGUAGGCGUCAUAGUGGAUUCCCAACGGGCGGCGUUUUGGUCAUUUCGGCAUUUCAAGGCGUUUUGUAUUGGCGAUAUUCGACAAUGAGAAGGAAAGAAUCAAAUAUUUAUCGACACGAAUUCAUUUAUCGAUUUCAUGGCACCACUGGCAAAAUCCUGUUUUAAACCCGGUAUUCAUACCAUAUUAUCGAAGCACAAUCUGCACAUCAAUCAAAAAGAGAGAUCAACAAUAUAAAAGCAUGGAAGUGGAAAUCACUAGCCUGUAAAUUCCUUGUGCAAU